UUCAAUUUACGUACGUGCUUUGAUGUAUGUGUAUCGCAAACAAAUUAAUCGUGACACUUUAUAAAACAUUUUAACAUGUGAGUGAUGAGUUGUACCGAAAAUGAAAGUGGACCUUUUGUCGUAUUCUUCCUGCCAGCGGUCGUCGGCUGCUUGACUAUACUCCUGGCGAGGCGUUGGGCAUACGCGCAAGUGAACAACACUUCUUCUACAGCGAUCUCCAGGCGACGGAAAAUCAUCAAAGACCCUCUCGUGAAGCGGCCCUUGCCGCCGAUCACCUGUAAAAUGACGCCGCCAGGGCCUAAAAAGUCUUCUGGUGUCAGUAAAAAGGGUACAUCAUCACCUCAAGAGGAGGAUGUAACCAGCAAUGGAAAGCGAGUGGGACGUGUCCGCCUAUCGCCCGCUCCCGCUACUCUUGAAACCAAGCUAGUGGACGGUCCGUCCCCUCCCAAGCAUAUACCGUUCCCGUACAUACCACAUGACCCGGAGCUGCUGUUUGAGGCCAUGACGUUUGUGUUUACGGUCGUGGCUACGGGACUUCAGUUCCUCAAUCUGUACAGGACGGCCUGGUGGCUUCCACAUUCGUACACCAACCAAUCUAUGAACUUCUACCUGAUAGAUCCUCACCUCGUGGCGUUCAUAGUGACGUUGCUGUCUCGUCGUCUGCUGCUGAGUCUCGUGGUUCAGCUGCUCAAUGCUACGCUAGCACCACCGGCGUUACCCCAUGGAAUUGUAGCUGCUAGGAUGUUCAUCCUGGGAAUGGUGAUAGGUGCGCUCGCGUGGUGCGCCUACUUCAUCGCCCUCAAAUAUCCCAUCCUCAAAAUCUUUUACCUCUGUUAUCCUGCGGUGGUAUACUUCAUACUCUUCGGGUUUCAAUCGAGCCCCUUCCUAGAGCUUAGCAACUCGGACACCCCGCUCCACUGUUGCUCACACGACCCGGAACAAAUCAGAGCUGAGGUGGACACUCUUCGGCAGGACUUCAAUCUACGAGUGAAGAAGAUUAUAUUCAACGCUGUGGUCGGGGCGUACUAUUCUAGUUUAAUACCGUGCUGUUUUGCACAAUCGUACGUGUACUACGACGUGUAUCUGGCGUCACAACAAACAGCCUGCGUAUGCGGCGCGCUCGCGGCGCGGUUAGCCGCGCAGUUACUGCCCGGCGCGUAUGUCGAUACGCAUCACCGCGCCGCACGGCACCUGGGCCGGUGGACGCAGGACGACGCGAGCCCAGCCAACGAGUGGAGUCCGUUGAAACUAUACCAGCGAGGAGCAGUUGUGUCACUCGACGGCGCCACGUAUACUUGCGUCACGUCCGCAGCGGCCGCGCGGCCGAGCAGAACGGAGCACGCGCGGUUCUAUACCGUCUUCUCCAACCCCUCAACACUGCUCUGCCUACUCCUGUGCCUGCAGCUGUCCCUAAUAGUGCUCCAGCUAGGCCUCCUCUACAGCUCGGCGCCGUGGCACAACUUCCUGGCCACCAUACUGCUGCUCUUCAUCAACUAUUACACUCUGUUCAAGAUGGCCAGGGACUAUCUGGUGUCGUGGAAGGUUUAUAAGGCGGAGAAUAUGAUACAGGAUAAGAACUCUGCUGUCAAUUAAAUUCAAACGUGUUACUGACGCCAUUUAGAUAUCAGCCGGCAUAGACUAAGGUUUUAGUGUCACGCGGAGCGAUCCGCACUACCAAUUUAUAUGGAGUUGAUGUCGUCCGCGCGGAUCCGUCCGAUUUAAGCUAGGAACAAAUGGGACGCGUCCGCGGACGCGCGUCAUCUGCCGCGCGUCCACUGCCGCGAUCUAGAUAAUGAAUAUACACUGAAUUGUGCAAACUAUCGGACGUAAGCCGUGGACGUGGCCUUGAGCGCACGGACGUCCGGACGUCAACUGGCGCGCUGGAUGUUUUAAGACUGUACACUUGACAGUCGCGGUCGUCAGCCGCGUCCCUUAAUUUGUUCCUAGCUUUACUCUAAAACGCUCCCCGAACUUAAAACAUAUUAGUCAGGUGCGAAUCGCUCCGCGCGGUCGACCCGCGUGACUAAAACCGACCUAAGUGACAAUCGUUGACGCUACUUGGCGACCGAGACGUAACUAUCUCUGUCGCGCCAAUACGGAAGAUUGUGAGAGCUAGCUACGAUACGCCUAUGAAGCGUAAGCGAUUGUGACGUUGGCUAGGAACAGUCAGCAUCAAAAGUAACUACCAUUCCGUAACCGCUAAACGGAAAGAGAUGUGUGUCUCCACAUACAACGAAUAAGUUUUGAUAUUUCUAACCGCGAACUGUACAGAUUUAUCUCAGAAAAGUUAUUCAGGAUGUCAGAUACUUUUGGUGCGUUGUUUCAUCCGCGUAAUAUUGAUGUUGACUGUACCAUGACAGCCUGAGGUGGCCAAAAAUGUUUGCGCUUUGAAAAUAAUGGCGUUUACACAUUUGUGAGCACAUUGACUGCUCCCGUAUAUCUAAUGGCGACUGUAAGUAUCCUUACUGGCCUCAGUGGACGCUCAGAGCGGAGCGUUCGGCGGGGCGGCGAGCGUGCGUCCACUCAGGACACUUGUACGAGUUUCGAUUGUUUGACAUGCACGCCGCACGCCCCGCUCCGCUUGUCGCCCAAUAUGAGCGCUCAGGCCUUAGGCCGAUACUCUACUAUCAUAUGUUUAUCAUAGAAAUAUGAUCAUAGGUCUGUAUGCCUCCCUUUUUCUCCAACGUGAAGAAAAAGGACGGCACGUUGCCUGUGAUCAUAUUUCUAUGAUAAACAUAUGAUAGUCGACUAUCGACCUUACACUAAGUUCUCACGCGCGCGUCCAUACUUCACAAGACGUAUGCAUUCGCUUGAGAAAGCAAAGCGUGCGAGCUCUGAUGAAAGUCAUUCCGUAUGUCCUAUGUUAGGAGCAGCCACAUUGGUUGGUAAUAAAGUAAUGUUUAUUUUUCUUGUAGUGAGUUUUAUUUAAGUUAAGAUUGACUCACGAUUUAGAAUCUUCAGUUAGGUUAACUUUAAGUAGCGUUAUUUACUGUUGAAAAUUGUCUCGCAUUAAGUCUUAUUGAAUUCCUAUAGUUUUGUACUUAAUCUUCAAUUUCUUAGAUUUGGAACACAAUUUUUGUAUUGAAAAUAAUUUGUGGAACUUUAAGACUGACUUUGACUGGCACAUUCUUCCACUUACUUCACUUUGAAUCAAUAUAUUACCUAAAAUUAUUUCGCAGAUAAAAACUCUGUAAACCAAACAAUUUUUUGUCGAAACUUCAAAGUAUAAUGUGUACCAUUGAUAGUUAUUUAGUAGGUACAUUACAAUAGGCUAUUUUACUAACCAUUAAAAUCGAUAUGAAUCUUCGAAACUCUUUUCGGGUAACUAAAACGUUUUAAAAGAAAAUACAGUAAACUAGCCUAUUGUAGACUUCAUUUGAAACCUCAAGUUUCACUAAGUUAAGAAUCACUGGGCCAUUCUGGUAAGGUGUAUCACUGACAUAAGAUAUUAAAUAUUAACCACAAAUAUUAAUUAUCGUACAUACUCCGAAAGCUGAAAGACAAAAUUUUGUAACUAAGUAUAACAUUAAUUUACUCAAUGUGGGCACAUAUAACUAUAUUUUGUCGCUUCCUUUGUCUAAAACUGCCAGAGAUUUGUACAAGCUGGUCAAUCUGGGAAUUGGGCGUCGUUAAGUUUGUAAUUAGGAUUUAGUUUUGUAACAAUGGGGGUGACAUUAUCAAGUAUGAUAAAACCCAUUUUUUAUUAAAUAAAGAUUAAAAAAAAAUCGUGCAUACAAUUUGUAAAAUAUAGAUUGCCUGGGCACAUAGGACGAAAUGUGGCUCUUUUAAAUAGUAGGCCCUCUAUGGUUACCUUUGGAUGAAACUAGCCUAGGACCAUAUUAAGUGGCGUACACGAAGGGAGGCCUAAGGCCUAUGCUUGCGAUGCAAUGGUUACAAAUGAAAACAACUGGCAACAUAGGUAGUUAACUGACCUUUAUUUAUUUAUCACAAGUUUACGUUUAUAUUAUAAAUACGAUUGGAAACUAAUAUGUUAUGUCGGUGAUAACACGGUUACUAUCUCUGGUCAUUCACAUUGCUCAACAUCACAAACCAUCUAUUUAUACUAUUGUAUCCGCCAGUCUGUUUGUAUUUCAUUCUCGUGCUCUUGAUAUAGGUAACAAUGACUUUGCUUAGUGCAAAAAAAGUUCAUAUGACUCUGGUAAACAAUUAUAUGAUUACUUGCCAUA